AUGUCGCCAGUGAAACUACAGCUGGAAGACCCUGGCGCCCCCGACUACGCUGGUGAGGUCAUUGAUAUCCUCAAUCCUGCCAUUGCCUCAAACAGUCCCUCAUUCCAAAAAGAGGCAGCACUGGCGAUUGACGCACUCUGCAAACGAGAAUGCACAGCAGCGGGUUCAGCAGGCGGUUUCUUGUGGUGGUUCUGGGAUCUGGUUCACGACCUCUCACGCCAGCUUCCCUAUGACAGCGAGGAGCAAGAUCGAUUGGCGGCAGUGAUCAGGAGUCUCACUGACCUGCCGCCCAGAAAAGUCUCCUUGGGCGAAGAAUGGGGCGGUGGUGAUACGAGCACUGUUGAGCUGUGGACCAAUCUACCCAUGUUUGGCAACACCUUUCGUGAGAAGCUUGAUGAUGACGACUCUGCAGCAUCCUCAGAAGACCUCAAGAAGAGUCGACGCGUCAAUCUCGAUGCUUACGCAGCACGGGUUGCAGGGCUUUGCCAGCUGCCCUUCGAAGUCUACGCCAUCUGGGCUUUGGUGGGUGCGUUGGAAGACACAACCGCCAACAAUACAGGCCCUGCUCUAGAAAAUCAGAGGGAAGGGAAAGCUAUAGCCCACAACCUCAUGAGUGCUGCGGUAUGGAUCAUUCAUGCCGGACACCUCCUUUACGGACGGGAUGAGCAGAUCUCGGGGGCUACUGCAGGGCCUCUGUGGAAGCAAGGGCACAUGCUCAAGGGAACGGAUGGGUUGAAUCCUGAGCGGUGGCAACUAUGGAAAGAGACGUUUGCAGUCUUUAGAGAUGCUGACGGUUUAGACACAGAGUCUCGCCGUGUUGCUGGAGAGGCGUACGCCAUAAUGGAGAAACUCGAGAACGAGUCCCCGUGA